AUGAAGGCAACAGGUCUUGCCAUUGCCGCUGCCUCAGUCGCAGGAGCGUCUGCACAUGCUAUCUUCCAAAAGUUGGCUGUUAAUGGCGUCGACCAAGGAACUUCGUGUAUUCGAUUGCCUCAAGGCCCAUCUGCAAACUUCCCAGUCACCCUAGUCAGCUCAAACGACAUCAGAUGUAAUGUUGGAGGUUCCAAUGGUGUUUCCGGGGUCUGUUCUGUUCCAGCUGGUGGCACUAUCACUGUUGAGAUGCACCCUACAUACAGUGCUGCAGAUCAGAGCUGCAGUGUCGAGGCCAUCGGAGGCGCGCAUCACGGACCGGUUCAAGUAUACAUGCAAAAAGUUGGUGAUGCCACCACCGCCGACGGCUCUGGGCCUUGGUUUAAGAUUUAUGCCGAGGGCUUGAUCUCUGGAUACAAUGCAGGAUACUGGGCAACUGACAGGAUGAACGAUAAUUGCGGUAAAGUUAAUGUCGCUAUUCCAGCCGGUUUGGCGCCUGGUAACUACCUGGUCCGCGCCGAAGUUAUCGCCCUCCAUGCCGCCUUCCAGACAAACGGAGCGCAAUUUUAUAUUACAUGUUAUCAAAUUAACGUCACUGGCGGUGGCUCGGCCACACCCUCCGGUGUCCUCCUACCAGGAGCAUACAGCCCAACUGACCCUGGUAUCUACUGGGAUCUCUACAGGUCCUUCAGCAGCUACCCACUCCCAGGACCAACCGUCUACAGCGGUGGCAGCGGCCCAGUAUCGAGUACCACCACUGCUAGGACAACCACAACCGCCGCAGCGACUACCGUGAGGACCACUACCCCAUCGACUACCAGAGCCGCUACUACCACAGCUUCCACUACUCGUGCUACCACUACCUCAUCCGCCGCUACAACUAACGGACCGGGUGUUAGUGCACCUCUUUGGGGCCAGUGUGGCGGACUUGGCUGGACCGGACCUACAAACUGCGCAUCAGGAAAGUGCGUAUCGACAAACGUUUACUACUCUCAAUGCCAACCAUAA